AUGCCCGACGCGCGCAUCCCCACGUCGACCUCCGUCAGCGAAUCCGCCGUCAUCGAAGCCCCAUUCAGCGCCGUCUGGCACCUCAUCAAGCUGCAGGACUUCUCCAAAUUCUGGAGCAAGCUAGACAAGAGCGACGUUGUCAAGACUUCCUCGCCCGAGACCGAUGUCGUCAGGUGGUCCUUCCAGGAUGGCACCGUGCUCGAGGUGAAGCAGGAGGAGCACUCGAGCAUCGAUCACUACAUCACCUACUCGGUCAUCUCGAGCCAGCCCGCGCUGAGCUACACCAGCGUCGUGAGCACCAUCCGCGCCUACCCCGUCACGUCGGGCAAGCACGAGGGGCACACCUUCAUCACCUGGACGGGAAACUUCUCCAGCGAUGCCGAUGCCGGUGUGAUCGAGGACGCCAAGUUCAAGCGCCGCGAAGCUCUCGCCGACCUCGCCAAGGCUGCCGCUAAAUAA